AUGAGAAAUCCAUGCUCCCGGAGUACUACUGUCGAACCCUUGAUGAAGAAUGCAAAUCAGUUUGCAAGAACUGGAAAGAACUCGGAAAGAAGCAAUUCCAUCUUCGGUUAUUUCAUCCAAGGCUUGAAGGAUCACGGUAAAUACCCUUGGGACUUCAUCUCUGCCACUGCCACCGCCUUCUCCACCUCCAUCAAAUCAACAUGGCCUUCAUCCAAUGACAUUAAAAUCCUAGCCUCCUGCGAUCAAGGCAUUCUCAUCUGCAAGAGACGAAUUCCCUUCAACAACCAAUUCUUCGCAUGCAAGCCCGCCACCGCCCAGUGGCAAGCCCUCCCCAAUCCCAAGCUCCACUAUGAAACCGUCGCCAGCGCUGUGGUCGUCCUCCAAUCCCAACCCCUGCGCUACCUCAUCGCUCGAUUGUACUGUACAGUUGUGCAGACUCAUUGUGAGAUGUUUGAUUCUGAGAGUUGGAGAUGGGAGGAGAUGGACUGCGCCCCACUCUCUGUAGGUGACUUCAUCAAUAGCUAUCCUCCCAUCACCACCGCUGGCCGAUUUGUGCACUGGCUCACCUGGAGCAAUAAGGUGGUGACCUUGGACGUCAAGAAGAGGUGUUUUGAAUGUUGGGUGCUGCCAGAGAGAGUGAGAUCCAAGGAGAAGAGACUGGUGGAGCAUGAUGGAGGAUUAGGGUUAAUGUGUCAAGUUCAGGAUGCCGACGAGAUCGAGCUGUGGGCCAAUCAGAUGGUUGUACGUAUCAAAGCUGACAUGGAUAAUCCGACGAGGUUUUGCAACAACAACGUAAUUUUUAUGACUACUGUGGAUGCGGAUGGAGGCGCCUUUUAUUAUCUCUCGAAUUCUACUUUUACUAAAGUGAAACUGCCUUCACACCUUGGAUAUCCCUACAGAUUCUACCAACGGAUAUUUCCAUUCAAAUCCGAUAUCAACACCGUUCAUCUCAAACCUCUCUCCAUAUCAAAAAUUGUUAAACAAGACAGUGAAUCAAGUGUCUUAUCAAAUUAUUGAUUCACUGAAAUGCAUACAAGUGCAUAUAUAAGAUGCAUUAACGUUAUCUAAAUACCUAGUAUAUAUACAUAACGUUUAUUCUUCUCUAUAUUAUUCUUUUUCUUAGUUUACUUUUUCUCCACUUUAACUAUUUAUUAUUAUUUCUCCAAAAUAAUUGUAGAAAAUGAAACGCCUCUAUAACAUGGAACGAAGAGAGUAUUGCCUCAUUGGUUAAACACUCCUUUGUCACUUUUUUUUGUGAUGCUUUCAA